AUGUCGCAAAGCGUUUUUCUCAUUUGCAACAUACUGUUGCUGCUGCUUCGAGAAUCUUCUGGAUGUUUGCCAACUGGGUUUGGAGGAUUAUUUGGAGGAGGAGGUGGAGGUGGAUGUUCUAGUAGUCCUGGAGGAUGUGGUGGAUCAGUAGCAGCAGCUGGAGCACCAUCGUAUACGGCCCCUAUGCCACCACCAAUGUACGCUUUCACUCCGCAGGUAUUCAGUCAACCGCCUCCACCACCGCCACGGCCACCACCGCCCGUGAUGCCGGCUCCGGGACCAUCCCGGCAGCUACCAUCAGCAGUGGUGAUUCCUGUAUCGGCGGCUUCUUCGUAUCAAGGAAUGUAUCAGGAUAGACCUCAAGCACCAUCGAUCAAUCCGGAUUAUCAAGGAACUGCACCUCUUAGUUUUGCGGGUGAAAUCGCAUCAUCUGAAGAUCCAGCGAACACUGUCUUAGACCCUCUGAAGUACAUCGAACAUGUUUCUGUCUCUCAUACUCCAUCGAUUGUGGUUGCUCCACCAGCUCAAGAAUCUUACCCACCAAGUCCUCCGGAUCCAUUCCAGAGUAUAACCAGUACAGAUGAACAACAUACAACACAACCACAACCAGCUUCCCCACCUCAAAAACAACAGAUUCAAGUGGCCCCUAGUUCUGCAUCGACAGAAGACACCUACCUUCCAGGACCGCCUGAGAAGGAGACAACGAAUGCCACGCGAACAUUGAGCACCUAUUAUAACCAGAUGUGCACGGGAGAGAAGAUUACUGUAGGAGAGAAGGAAACAAUUGGAUCGGCCACGAAGAAAUGCGAACUUUUGAAAUGUGUAGCUGCGAAUGCUCAGCCGGAUAGUCAUGGAUCGUAUACGGUUACCUACUUGAGCACAGCAUCUAGCCGUUCGAAUAGCAAGGGGAAUUAUUGUCUUUCAACUAAAGAAUUGCCAGUUAAAAGUAAAAGAGUUAUUCGGAAAUUCGAUGAAAUGGUUAGUAAUACUUUUAGGCUGAAAUUGUACUUCAAGGCGCAUAAAAACCGAAAACAGCUAAUGUUUUUAUAA